GCCGUCAUUUUUCCUGAGGUGAAGGAGAGGAGCAGACACGCAUUGCGUGCUGCUGCAGAAAUUUACUAAUCAUGGUGCUGAUGCACGUGUUGUUCGAGCACGCGUCGGGCUACGCGCUGUUCGCCGUCAAAGAGGUGGAGGAGAUCGGCAUGCUGCUUCCUCAGGUGGAGGAGAGCGUGCUGAACAUUGGGAAGUUUAACAGCAUGGUGAGCCUGGCUGCUUUCUUCCCCUUCAAGUCGGCCCAGGCAGCUCUGGAGAACAUGAAUGCAGUCUCUGAAGGUGUUGUUCAUGCUGACCUGAAGUUAUUCCUAGAGACAAACCUGCCCCUCUCUGGGAAGAAGAAAGCUAUGUUGGGGGUUUCAGAUGCCAAAAUUGGAGCAGCCUUGCAAGAGGAAUUUAGCAUUUCCAUCCAGACCAGUGGGGUGGUGUCAGAGAUAACAAGAGGUGUGCGCCUGCACUUCCACUCCCUGGUGAAGGGUCUGACUGCCCAGGCUGCCUCCAAGGCCCAGCUGGGUCUUGGCCACAGCUAUUCCAGAGCUAAAGUCAAGUUCAACGUCAACAGGGUCGACAACAUGAUCAUCCAGUCCAUCGCUCUGUUGGAUCAGCUGGACAAAGACAUCAACACUUUCUCCAUGCGCGUCCGUGAGUGGUAUGGCUAUCACUUCCCAGAGCUGAUCAAGAUCGUCUCAGAUAACUCGAUGUACUGCCGCCUGACUCAACUUAUUGGAAACAGGAAGGAGCUGUCAGAGGAGAAUCUGGAGAGCCUGGAGGAAGUGGUGAUGGAUGCUGGCAAAGCUCAGGCCAUCCUGGACGCAUCACGCUCCUCCAUGGGUAUGGACAUUUCUCCCAUUGACCUGAUCAACAUAGAGAGAUUCUCCAGUCGUGUCGUGUCUCUGGCUGCCUAUCGGCUGGAGCUGCAGGAGUACCUGCGUUCCAAGAUGAGUCAGGUGGCUCCAAAUCUUGCAGCCUUAAUCGGAGAAGUGGUGGGAGCUCGUCUGAUCUCUCAUGCCGGCAGUCUAACCAACCUGGCCAAGUACCCAGCCUCCACCGUUCAGAUCCUGGGAGCAGAGAAGGCCCUGUUCAGAGCCCUAAAGACCCGUGGCAACACCCCCAAGUAUGGUUUGAUAUUCCACUCCACCUUCAUUGGACGCGCUGCUGCCAAGAACAAAGGCCGCAUCUCCAGAUAUCUGGCCAACAAGUGCACCAUCGCCUCACGCAUCGACUGUUUCUCUGAGGUACCCACAAAUGUGUUUGGUGACAAGUUGCGUGAACAGGUGGAAGAGCGCCUGUCUUUCUACGAGACAGGCGAGGUGCCACGGAAGAAUGUGGAUGUCAUGAAAGAAGCUGUGAAAGAGGCAACUGAUGUUGCAGCUGAGAUCAAGCGAAAACUGGAGAAGAAGGAAAAGAAACGCAAGAAGCGUGAAAAGAAGUUGCUAGAAGAAAAUGGUGACGCCAACGGUGAAGCUGAGGUGGAAAAUGGAGAAGUAGCGGUCCCUAUAGUGAAGAAGAAAAAGAAGAAACAAGAAGCUGAAGAGAUGGAGGUGGUGGCAGAGGAGACUCCUGCUGCAGAGAACGGAGCAGACACCUCAGCAAAGAAGAAAAAGAAACGAAAAGCAGAGGAGGUGAAGGUUCAGGCGGAAGAAGCCGCUGCCACAGAUAAUGGAGCAGAGGAAGCAGAAACCCCUGCCAAGAAGAAAAAGAAACAAAAGACUGAGACGGUGGACGCAGAGCCAGCAGAAGAGACCCCAGAAACACCUGUGGCAGAGAAGAAAAAGAAAAAGAAGAAAAAAGAGGCUGCAGAAUAGACAAUGUGGUCAAAGACUGAAUCUUUAUACCUGUGUACAGUUUAUUUUUAUUCAUUUUACUUUUAAACUGAAGCAAGAUUAUGUAAGCAGCUUUAUGUUGUACUGUCUUUUGUUUUGGGGCAACCUCAAAGCAGGUUAGACUGCAAAGAAAUGCUAGUAACUGUGCCUUGACAUCAGUGACAUAUACUUGUAAUUCUGUAAAUAACUGGAUUAAAACUUUUGAAAGGAAA